AUGUCCGACACCACACUAAUCGUUAUUAUCACCCAGUUUAUUUUGGCUAUCAUUGCAUUUCUUAUGAAUGGUUUGCUGAUUGUUCUUAUCAUUCUCAAAAGUCCAAAAAAGUUGGGAACCUAUAAAUAUAUCAUGAUAUCAAUGUCGGUUUUUGAAGUCUUCUACGCUGGAAUUGAUUUUCUUAUCAAGCCGGAAGUCCGAUCAAAAGAUGAUCACUGGAUGUCUACUACGAAUGCGAGACGAUCGUCGAUCCCUUUAAAUAUCUCUUAUCCUUUACUCUUGAUUUGGGUUUGCUCAUUUGGUGUUGCUCUGGCUUGCUUUGGAGUUCAUUUUGUGUUCCGGUACUUGAUAGUCAAGGGAAGAACCCAAUGGGUUACUGGAUCCAGAAAUUUUUGUAUAUGGUUGUCUUUUCCGAUUAUGUUCGGGUUGUUGUAUGCGAUUACAGUUCAUAUUUGUCUUCAUUUUGAUGAGAUGCUUGAUAGAGCUGUUAGAGAAGAAAUCGCCAGUGCUGAAAAUAUCGAGACCAGCGAGAUUACUUAUUUUGGAUUCAGUUUCUUCAAAACGGUAUCCAGUACUGCUGAGGUUGUUGCUGAUUGGACGCAAAUUACGGGGUUGACUAUUUUAUGUGGAAUAAUUACUACUUCCUUCGUCACCAUGUCAUACUUCGGCACGAAUCUUUACUUUUCCAUACUAAAACUGUCCAAUAUGAAAAACAACUCCGAAGUGUCUCAUGCUCUUCAGACCCAGCUAUUUUAUUUUCUGGUAAUCCAAACUAUCAUCCCAGUGGCACUUAUUCAUUUUCCAUGCACCUUGUUAUUUAUCGCCGCUUUCUUGGGGACAGGAAAAGAGACUUAUGGAAUGGUUCUUACAGUAACCAUUUCGAUUUUCCUUGCUAUUGAUCCGUUGCCAAGUUUGAUAAUCAUUAAGCCGUAUAGGGAAACUAUAAAGAGUGAGCAGUCGACCUUUCCAAGUGAAUGGACAAAUUCAAAUUCAGAUUUCUAUAAACUACGUUGCAAGAUUUGGACGCCGUCACAAGUUGAUCCAGCACCGGUUUAUGGCACUUAUAAUCACUUUAGUAGGUCUACAUCCACAUAA